AUGAGCCCCAAGGAACAGAUGGACCCUUCUGGAGUCCCAGCAGAGGUGGCAGAGCGGCGCAUUUACUACCUGUCGUUGGAGUUCUACAUGGGCCGCACCCUGCAGAACACCAUGGUGAACCUGGGCCUGCAGAAUGCUUGCGACGAAGCUAUUUACCAGCUGGGUUUGGACGUGGAGGAGCUGGAAGAAAUCGAAGAAGAUGCUGGGCUGGGAAAUGGAGGCCUGGGCCGUCUGGCAGCUUGCUUCCUGGACUCCAUGGCCACGCUGGGACUGGCAGCAUAUGGUUACGGCAUCCGCUACGAGUUUGGUAUCUUCAAUCAGAAGAUUGUCGACGGCUGGCAGGUGGAGGAGGCUGAUGACUGGCUACGCUACGGCAAUCCCUGGGAAAAAGCUCGCCCAGAGUACAUGCUCCCUGUGCACUUCUACGGCCGCGUGGAUCACACCCCCGAGGGCGUGAAGUGGAUCGACACCCAGGUUGUCCUUGCUAUGCCUUAUGACACGCCAGUGCCAGGAUACAAGAACAACACAGUGAACACCAUGAGGCUGUGGUCUGCAAAAGCACCCAAUGACUUCAACCUCCAAGAAUUCAAUGUAGGUGACUACAUCGAGGCGGUGUUGGACAGAAACCUGGCAGAAAACAUAUCCAGAGUCCUGUACCCAAAUGACAACUUCUUUGAAGGCAAGGAGCUGCGGCUGAAACAGGAGUACUUUGUGGUGGCUGCUACCCUCCAAGAUAUCAUCCGGCGCUUUAAGUCCUCCAAAUUUGGCUGUCGAGACCCUGUGAGAACGUGCUUUGAAACCUUCCCAGACAAGGUGGCAAUUCAACUGAAUGACACCCACCCUGCCCUGUCCAUCCCAGAGCUCAUGCGGAUCCUGGUGGAUGUGGAGAAAGUGGAUUGGGACAAGGCCUGGGAGAUCACGAAACGGACCUGCGCCUACACCAACCACACAGUGCUGCCUGAAGCCCUGGAGCGCUGGCCUGUCUCCAUGUUUGAAAAGCUGCUGCCACGUCACCUAGAGAUCAUUUACGCCCUCAACCAAAUGCAUCUGGAUCGGGUGGCAGCUCUCUACCCAGGGGACAUUGACCGUCUCCGCAGGAUGUCAGUGAUCGAGGAAGGAGACUGCAAACGUAUUAACAUGGCGCACCUCUGUGUGAUUGGCUCCCAUGCGGUCAACGGCGUGGCCCGUAUCCACUCUGACAUUGUGAAGAACUCAGUGUUCAAGGAUUUCUAUGAACUGGAGCCAGAGAAGUUUCAGAACAAGACAAAUGGGAUCACGCCGAGGCGCUGGCUCCUGCUGUGCAACCCGGGACUGGCCGAUGUUAUCGCUGAGAAAAUUGGGGAAGGCUUUAUCACAGAUCUGAGCCAGCUGAAAAAGCUACUGGAUUUCAUCAAUAAUGAGACUUUUAUCAGGGAUGUUGCAAAAGUCAAACAGGAGAACAAGAUGAAGUUUGCAGCCUACUUGGAGGAGCAAUACAAGGUCAAGAUCAACCCUUCGUCCAUGUUCGAUGUUCAGGUCAAGCGAAUCCAUGAGUACAAGCGGCAACUGCUGAACUGCCUGCAUGCUAUCACCCUCUACAACCGCAUCAGAAGCGAUCCAUCCAAAUCCUUUGUGCCCAGGACUAUUAUGAUUGGAGGAAAGGCGGCCCCUGGCUACCACAUGGCCAAGAUGAUCAUCAAACUCAUCACGUCCAUCGGUGAGGUCAUCAACAACGAUCCGUAUGUGGGGGACAGGCUCAAGGUCAUCUUCUUGGAGAACUACCGAGUAUCCUUGGCUGAGAAGGUGAUCCCAGCAGCGGAUCUCUCCCAGCAGAUCUCCACAGCUGGCACGGAGGCCUCGGGUACCGGCAACAUGAAGUUCAUGGUGAAUGGGGCCCUCACCAUUGGUACCAUGGAUGGGGCCAAUGUGGAGAUGGCUGAAGAAGCAGGCGAAGAAAACCUCUUCAUCUUUGGCAUGCGGGUGGAGGAUGUGGAGGCCCUGGAUCGCCAAGGGUACAAUGCACAGGAGUACUACGAGCACCUGCCAGAGCUGCGGCAGGCUAUUGACCAGAUCAGCAGCGGGUUUUUCUCCCCUCGAGACCCCGGUUGCUUCAGGGAUGUUGUGAACAUGCUAAUGCACCAUGACAGGUUUAAGGUGUUUGCUGACUACGAGGCCUACAUUAAAUGCCAAGGCCAAGUGGACAAGCUGUUCAUGGAUCCCCGGGAGUGGACUAAGAAAGUCAUCAGGAACAUUGCAUGCUCGGGCAAGUUCUCCAGUGACAGAACCAUCAUGGAGUACGCCCGGGAGAUCUGGGGUGUGGAGCCAUCUGCAACAAAAAUCCCCCCACCCAACCUCCCCCGGGAUUGACGCAGCACAGAGGGACAGAAGGACGGAUGGGCUCCCAGCCCAGGAGGCCUCACCUGCAUUUCACCUCCAGUCAGAUGGGCUCAGCUCUGCAGAAACAAGGCUUUUCCCUCGGGGGG